AUGGCGUCUGUCACAAGUAUUCAGCUCGGCUGUGGUAGCCCCAGAGCAGCCUUAGACGAUAUAAAUGAGAGUUCGAUUGGCAGCAGGAGCAGAAAGUGGAACCCAGAGACCCAUGAGCAGCCCCUCGGCCACCGGCGGCCUAGUUACAAUCACACCCUGGGAGGAGCCAUAGCUGCCCCAGUCGGCCCCAGUUGGCCCCAGUCACCAUCGAUCGCUGCAACCUUGAGCAGCAAGGCCAAGACCCAGCAGCCACCUGCCACCUCCCCCAUGACCCCCACCUUCAGCACUGCCAACACCAGGCUGGGCACCACUGUCAGUGGAGCAGGGAGCAGCAGUCUGGGAACAAGAAAGGUCAUCUCAAUGAAGGUUUUGGGAACAGUAAAAUGGUUCGAUGUAAGAAACAGAUGUGGUUUCAUCAACAGGAAUGAUACCAAGGAAGAUGUACUUGUACACCAGACUGCCAUAAAGAAUGACCCCAGGAAGCACCUUCACAGUGUAGGAGAUGGAGAGGCUGUGGAGUCUGAUGUUGUCAAAGGAGAAAAGGGUGUGAAGGCAGCAAACGUUACAGGCCCUGGUGCAGUCCCAGUGCAAGGCGGUAAAUAUGCAGCAGACAGUCACCAUUAUCCACGCUAUCCACGUUGCGGGGCUCCUCCACAAAAUUACCAGCAGAAUUACCAGAAUCGUGAGAGUGGGGAAAAGAGUAAGGGAUCGGACAGUGCUCCUGAAGGCCAACCGUGCCGACCCCACCUCAGGCCACGGUUCCCAUCGUUCUACAUGCGGAGACCCAAUGGGCAUCAACCACAAUAUUCCAGCCCUCCUGUGCAGGGAGAAGUGAUGGAGGGUGCUGACAACCAGGGUGCAUGAGAACAAGGUAGACCAGUGAGACAGAAUAUGCAUCGGGGCUACAGACCAGGAUUUUGCAGGGGCCCUCCUUGCCAAAGACAACCUAGAAAGGACUGCGAUGAAGAAGAUAAGGACAAUCAAGGAGACGAGACCCAAGGUCAGCAGCCACCUCAACAUCACUACCACCGCCACAUCAAUUACCUAUGCAGAUGCCCAGAAAACCCUAAACCACAAGAUGGUAAAGAGACAAAAGCAGCUGAUCCACCAGCUGAGAAUUCGUUCACUCCGGAGGCUGAGCAGGGCGGGGCUGAGUAA